ACUGCGUUACUUGUUCCACCUGAGAAAGUCGGCCGGCCAAUCGUCGAUUCGCACUACUUAGCGGAGACCGCCGCGCCGCCGGCGUCGAGCCGCUACCAAUCGCGGGCCUCGCUGCUUUACUAUGGCAACCGGGUUGGGUUCGCGCGCACGUCGCAACACACUGCAGUCGUUGACAGUCGUUCACACAGUGCUCCAUACUUUGUACUCCGCAGUCCGCAGUCGUCUCGGAGCCGUGCAGCGCGCAGGAUUAUCCGGGAUCGCCGUGUGCCGACGAUAUCAUCGUUACGCCGCUCAAGUGUUGUGUCAACGCGCUCUCUGUCCCGCGUCUCUCUCUUUCUCUCCGCCGCGUUUUUCUCUCUGCCGCGCAAAUCAGUGAAGUUUAAAAUCGCACGGAUUCACGGCUUUAGGCAGCAGCGGGAACCCACCACGCGCGGAGCCACGCACAGCUGUCCUCGCGUUCGUCGUGAGGGAACUUGAACGUGCGCGAUUGGGUCGCUGCCGCGACCCACACAUCGACAGAGGUGGCGUGGGGCACGGCCGUGAUGGAAUUGCAGAGCUGGCUACUCUAUCACCUGGUAGCCGUCACCGACUGCAAUCAAGUUACGUUUGCCUGAGUUUGGGUCGCGACUCGCACCGACCCGCACGAACGCACGAACGCGGUUCGCUGCUUUCUCAUUUCAUUGUUUACCAUCAUCCCCGCAAGCCACGAGCCAGAGGAAACGGCGGUCUAUCGAUGUUCGAUGUGAUGCAGUCGGCGAACGGAAUCGGAGGCGGCGGCGGCUCGUACACCGCCGGAGGUGGGACCGGAAGUCGCACUCGCGACUUGGGGCUGCGCGCUCAGAAGAAGCUGCUGGGCCGCAUAGUGUCCACCGGGGCCGGCCGGUCGCUCCUCAUCGACGACGCCACGGCGUCGUUGCUCGACAAUCUGUACAAACUGAUGGAGAACAUCACCAAGGGUAACCCGCAUCUGGACAAGAAGGAGCCCGAGAAGGUGCUGAAGAACAUCGUCAAGCUGUCCAUCAAGAUCGGGCUCGUGCAACGCAGCCACCAAUUCCGUCCCAGCGACGCGGAGAAGCUGGAGGAGAUCCGGGAGGCCUUGGCAGCGAUGGCGAUGACCGUCGUCUCGUUCUACGAAGUGGACUAUAGCUACGACCAGGAAUUCCUCUCGGGGUCUCUGGAGCGUUGCCGGGCGCUGAUACAGGAGCUGAUAAAGCCGCACCUCACCGACAAGUCGUCGCAGCGCUGCGAUCAAGUGUUCGACUUUCUGUCGUACCCAAAGUUUUUGGACUCGGUGUUCAGAUACGAUUCCGAGCACAGAUCCGUCCUCGGUAUGCUAGUCAGUGACCUCAACAAGGCGCUAGAUGCCAGGCGGCUUUGAUUCAUCGAGGACGUCGGGACGUCGUCUACGAGGACAGUGGCUGCGAAUCGUCAUGCGCGGGGCGAGAGCCUUCGUCUCCCUCGGCAACGGCUUCGCGGAUCGUAAUCGAUGACGGCGAGUUGACGCGGGAACGAAGAGUCGCGAGGAAGAGGACAUGGCGAGGAAACCACCGUAUAUACACACGCACGCGCGCGCGCGCGCGCCCGCACACACACACACACACACACAC